AUGCCAACUCAAGUAACGAACUGUUCUCAUCCGCUGGUCGCGACCUUGGCGACCGAGCUGUCCGUCCGGCACCGCUGCCUGGUCGCCUGCGUCGACAAUUCAGCAGCAUGCGCCGACGCGCUCGCUGCUGAUAUCCGUUCAUUAGUAUAUGGCGAGAAACAUGUUGCAGGCGGUGAUCCGAGUACAAGCAGUUUUGUAUGGUCCAAGGAGGCAUUUAACGCAAAUCAGCUCUGUGCACAAAUAACCCAAAAAUAUGAACGUGUAGAUUUUCUGAUCAUUGGGGAAGGAUUAAUACAAAAUUCAUCUCAUGGAACAGAAAGUGCAGCAGCAACCAUAGAUUCUAUUAAUAAGGACCUUAUGUCACAUUUUAGUUUAGCUUUGGCGUUUUUGCCGCUGAUGUUAUCUCGCGACAGCGGACAUCUAGUCACGCUGUCUGCCUAUCCUAUUCAAGAACCUGAGGCUGGCAGAAUAGCGAGGCGACCCGACGGUGAACAAUUAGCGGAGGCGCUACUAAGGGAAUUGCGCCGUACAGAUUGUCAGGUUCGUCUGACUCGAGUACGAGCAGUGGCUGAGCAAACCGUAGGAAAAACCAAAUGGAAGCAUUUUACGCGGGCUGAUGUGGCAGCCGAUAUUAUUAGUGGAAUAAGGAAAAACAAGCAAUACUUACAAUCGCCUGGUUUAGGAUUACUUAUUAAAAAUUAUAUAUCUACAGGACUUCAUCGCGACAUGUCCGUGGCGAGUCGCAAGCUUUGGCUGUAUCUGGAGCUGUUCGCCGCAGGUCUGCUUGCGGCGCUGCUGGCGCUAAGAGUUGUUCUGAGGUAUCUGCUUCCCACCGCCCAGAAGUCGCUUGAAGGAAAAGUUGUUGUGGUAACGAACUGUUCUCAUCCGCUGGUCGCGACCUUGGCGACCGAGCUGUCCGUCCGGCACCGCUGCCUGGUCGCCUGCGUCGACAAUUCAGCAGCAUGCGCCGACGCGCUCGCUGCUGAUAUCCGUUCAUUAGGCGGUGAUCCGAGUACAAGCAGUUUUGUAUGGUCCAAGGAGGCAUUUAACGCAAAUCAGCUCUGUGCACAAAUAACCCAAAAAUAUGAACGUGUAGAUUUUCUGAUCAUUGGGGAAGGAUUAAUACAAAAUUCAUCUCAUGGAACAGAAAGUGCAGCAGCAACCAUAGAUUCUAUUAAUAAGGACCUUAUGUCACAUUUUAGUUUAGCUUUGGCGUUUUUGCCGCUGAUGUUAUCUCGCGACAGCGGACAUCUAGUCACGCUGUCUGCCUAUCCUAUUCAAGAACCUGAGGCUGGCAGAAUAGCGAGGCGACCCGACGGUGAACAAUUAGCGGAGGCGCUACUAAGGGAAUUGCGCCGUACAAAUUGUCAGGUUCGUCUGACUCGAGUACGAGCAGUGGCUGAGCAAACCGUAGGAAAAACCAAAUGGAAGCAUUUUACGCGGGCUGAUGUGGCAGCCGAUAUUAUUAGUGGAAUAAGGAAAAACAAGCAAUAUUUACAAUCGCCUGGUUUAGGAUUACUUAUUAAAAAUUAUAUAUCUACAGGACUUCGCAAAAAUAAACAGCACAUGAAGGUAACGAACUGUUCUCAUCCGCUGGUCGCGACCUUGGCGACCGAGCUGUCCGUCCGGCACCGCUGCCUGGUCGCCUGCGUCGACAAUUCAGCAGCAUGCGCCGACGCGCUCGCUGCUGAUAUCCGUUCAUUAGGCGGUGAUCCGAGUACAAGCAGUUUUGUAUGGUCCAAGGAGGCAUUUAACGCAAAUCAGCUCUGUGCACAAAUAACCCAAAAAUAUGAACGUGUAGAUUUUCUGAUCAUUGGGGAAGGAUUAAUACAAAAUUCAUCUCAUGGAACAGAAAGUGCAGCAGCAACCAUAGAUUCUAUUAAUAAGGACCUUAUGUCACAUUUUAGUUUAGCUUUGGCGUUUUUGCCGCUGAUGUUAUCUCGCGACAGCGGACAUCUAGUCACGCUGUCUGCCUAUCCUAUUCAAGAACCUGAGGCUGGCAGAAUAGCGAGGCGACCCGACGGUGAACAAUUAGCGGAGGCGCUACUAAGGGAAUUGCGCCGUACAGAUUGUCAGGUUCGUCUGACUCGAGUACGAGCAGUGGCUGAGCAAACCGUAGGAAAAACCAAAUGGAAGCAUUUUACGCGGGCUGAUGUGGCAGCCGAUAUUAUUAGUGGAAUAAGGAAAAACAAGCAAUACUUACAAUCGCCUGGUUUAGGAUUACUUAUUAAAAAUUAUAUAUCUACAGGACUUCGUACGGGCGCUUGA